AUGGGUCUUCUGCAACGCCUCGUGGGCCUCACAGCCCUACUAGCCACCGCACAGGCUGUAGUACCCGCGAUUUCCGGGUUCACGCUGACAUGGAGCGACGACUUCACAGGCGCCACCUAUGCGCCCCCGAGCUCGUCCAACUGGAUCACGGAUACGGGCACCUCAUACGCUGGCGGGCCGGCGAGCUGGGGUACAGGCGAAGUCCAGACAUACACGAACAACUACAAGAACCUACGACAAACCGGCAGGGGCGCACUUGAGAUCAUUGCGCUCAAGAGCGGUUCCGCGUGGACGAGUGGCCGUAUCGAGACGGUGCGGAAGGAUUUCAUGGCCAAGGCCGGCGGCGCCAUGCGUAUCCAAGCUAGGGCAGCUCUGCCGAGUGUCAAGCAGCCCGCGGGUUACUGGCCCGCGUUCUGGACGCUCGGCGCCGCCUAUAGAGGCAACUAUACGAACUGGCCGUUCAUCGGCGAGUUCGACAUCAUGGAGAGCGUCAACGGUCUCAGCAAGGCAUUUGGUGGUAUGCACUGUGGUACCAACCCGGGCGGCGAGUGCAACGAGCCCAGCGGCCUCGGCAGCAACCUUGCCUGCAGCGGCACCGCCUGUCAGGGCAACUUCCACAUCUACACGCUCGAGGUCGACCGUACCGGCUCUGUCGAGGCGAUCCGAUGGUUCCUCGACGGCACGCUGUACAAUCAGGUGACCUCAUCGCAGCUCUCGGCAGCCACCUGGGCCCAGGUCGCGCACCAGCCGCAUUUCGUCCUGCUGAACCUGGCCAUGGGCGGCGGGUUCCCCAACGGCGUCUACGGGUCAUCCACGCCGCUAUCGACGACGACGUCCGGCGGUGUGUACACCGUCGACUAUGUGGCCGUCUAUAACAAAUAG